CACAACGAAAGGAUCAUGGCGGAUGGCCCCAGGUGUAAGCGCAGAAAGCAGGCGAACCCGAGGAGGAACAACGUGACUAACUACAAUAAUGUGGUGGAGGCCGGCUCAGACUCAGAUGACGAGGACAAGCUGCACAUCGUGGAGGAGGAAGGCAGCCUGGCGGACGGGGCCGACUGCGACAGCACCCUGCCAGACGACGAGCACCCCAGAGAGCGCUGCUGGGACGGAGUGAAGGAGGAUUGUGUGUCAGACGGCGAGGAUGACGUGAGCACAGACGCCCUAGUGGAGGAGAUGCUCCAGCAAGGAGACACGGCCGUCAUCUACCCAGAGGCCCCAGAGGACGAGCCUCAACGUCAGGGCACCCCUGAUGCCAGCGUCCAUGAUGAGAAUGGAACUCCUGAUUCGUUUUCUCAGCUGCUCACCUGCCCGUACUGCGCACGUGGCUACAAGCGUUACAGCUCCCUGAAGGAGCACAUCAAGUACCGGCACGAGAAGACCGAAGAGAGCUUCAGCUGCCCGGAGUGCAGCUACAGCUUCGCAUACCGCGCUCAACUGGAGAGGCAUAUGACAGUCCACAAGGGCGGACGGGAUCAGAGACACAUCACACAGUCGGGAGGCAAUCGUAAAUUCAAGUGCACUGAAUGUGGCAAAGCAUUCAAAUACAAGCAUCAUCUGAAGGAGCACCUACGCAUCCACAGCGGAGAGAAACCCUAUGAGUGCUCCAACUGCAAGAAGCGGUUCUCCCACUCAGGCUCAUACAGCUCCCACAUCAGCAGUAAGAAAUGCAUCAGCGUCAUCUCAGUUAACGGCAGACCACGCUUAGGGAACACCAAAAGCCAGACCCAGGGUCCAUCGCCGGUGAUGCCCACGUCACCCUCAGUCCUCCGCACCCAGAUUAGAGAGAAGCUGGAGCACAGCAAGCCCCUGCAGGAGCAGCUGCCCCUCAACCAGAUCAAGACUGAGCCUAUGGACUACGAGUACAAGCCGGCGGUGAUAACAUCCCCAACUGUGACCACCAUGAACGGUGGGAUUUUCAAUGGAGGUGCUGCAGCUCCUCUGCAGGGCACAGUACAGGCAGUGGUCCUGCCCACUGUUGGGCUGGUGUCACCCAUCAGCAUCAACCUGGCAGACCUGCAGAAUGCUCUGAAAGUGGCAGUGGACGGUAACGUCAUUCGCCAGGUACUGGAAAGCAAUGCCAAAGGCCAGGGACAGGUGAACUCGGGGCUAACCACUGGAACUCUCCAUGCGCCACAGCAGCAGCUCAUCUCAGCCAUCAGUCUGCCUAUUGUGGGACAGGAUGGAAAUGCAAAAAUCAUAAUAAACUACAGUUUGGACCCCAACCAGGGCCAACUCACUGCGCAAAACCUAAAGAAAGAGCCUGAGCCUAACUCACCAGCUCAGACCACCACUGACACCUUCAAGUCGCAGAAACUCCCAGAAGAUCUGACCAUCAAAGGAACCAGACCCAAAGAGACUAAAGAAAGAGAGGAAAAGACCACUAAAACUUGUCUCCUGUGUGAUAACUGUCCCGGUGGGCUGGAAGCACUCCAUGCCCUCAAGCACUGCAAGACAGAUGGUCUCAGGCUGAAUGGAGCAGGCCUGGAUAAGUCUGAGUCUGCUGUCGCCGCCCUGCUGUCAGAGGGAGGGCUCUGCAACCAGCCCAAAAACCUAUUGUCCCUGCUGAAGGCCUACUUUGCUUUAAAUGCAGAGCCCACCAAGGAUGAGCUGGCUAAGAUCUCUGACUCAGUCAGCCUGCCGAUCCAUGUGGUUAAGAAGUGGUUUGACAAAAUGCAGGAGGGCCAGAUAUCACUGGGUGCCCCAACACCUCCCUCAGAGGAAGAGGACACCUGUGAAGCCAACAGUGUGGUGUCUCUGGUCCCAGGGAAGGACACGGCCAAUAUGAGCCCAUCUGUGACCCAAGAUAGCCCGACAGAAGCCACCCCAGCAGAGGUCAACGGCACUGACAGGUCACCGGCCUCCCCCUCGCCACUAAACCUGACAGCUGGGGGUCCCGUCCCAGCCCAGCCUCCUCAGAGCACUGAGGGACCCCUAGACCUGUCGCUGCCAAAGCCAGCCAGAGAGGAAGUGGAGAGAGUGGUGGCUAAAGGCCGUGUUUACCCCUCCCCUUCUUCUGGCUCUACCAAUGUGGAUGAACCCCUAAACUUAACUUGCACAAAGAAAGAGGCAUCGCCACUCUCAGCCAUGGGCGCCAGCCCCAUUGCAAUGUACGCCAGCCAGCCAAGUGCCAAACCCCUCGACAUUGUGACCACAAUGCAAUGCCUAAGGGCACUUGCCACUAACAACAAACAGACUAUCCUGAUCCCCCAGCUGGCUUACACCUAUACCACUACAGCAAACAGCCCUGCCGGGACCGAGACGCACGAAACCAUCCACCUCAACGGAUUGAAGGAAGAGAAGCAGGACACGGGCUCAGAGGGCGUGUCCACCGUGGAGGAGCAGAACGACUCUGACUCGGGUCCUCAGAGGAAGAAGAUGAAGAAGACGGACAGCGGCAUGUACGCCUGCGACCUGUGCGACAAGAUCUUCCAGAAGAGCAGCUCGCUGCUGAGACACAAAUAUGAACACACAGGGAAGCGACCUCACGAGUGCGGCAUCUGCAGCAAGGCCUUCAAACACAAACACCACUUGAUCGAACACAUGCGGCUGCACUCGGGGGAGAAGCCGUACCAGUGCGACAAGUGCGGCAAGCGCUUCUCCCACUCGGGCUCCUACUCGCAGCACAUGAACCACCGCUACUCCUACUGCAAGAAGGAGACGCAGAGCCAAGGCGGAGGUCGGGAGAGCCCCGAGGAGGACGGCGAGGCCCAGGCCGAGAUGGAGGCCCUGGCCCGGGUGCAGAGGCGGCACCUGGCCCCCUCCCAGGUAGACUCGGACGAGCGAGGGAGCAGCACCAGAGAGGAUGAGGAGAGCGAGGAGGAGGAGGAGGAGGAGGAGGAAGGUGUGGUGGACAUGGAUGACAUCCAGGUGGUGCAGAUAGGUGAUGAAGGAGGGGAUGAGGAGGAGGAGGAGGAAGAGAGGAAUGAGGAGGAGAUAGAGCGAGUACUGGUGGAGGGACGAGAGGAGGAGAAGACAGAGAUGGAGGUGAAAGAGGAAGAAGAGGAGGCUGACACAAGGCAGGAGGAGGAGCUCAGGAGCGUUCAGGAAGUCAAGAUGGAGGAAGAGGAGGCGAUGGAUGCAGAAGAAGGGGUGACGGAAGAGGGGAAAGCCGAGGGGGAGGCCACAGAAGAGAGUGGAGGCGAAACAGACAGGAAUGUGGUUUCUGAAGACUAGAACCAGACGGCGCAGGAGAAAGGAGAUAUUGACUAAGAGAGGAAGCAGACUCCUCCAUGAGACACAAUCAGAUUCCUCCUCUCGCCGGCAGAGGAGGAACGCAGGAGAUGAUGUCUGGUCACUCUGACAGUUCGUUUCAGUUCACUACUGUGUAGAAAUCCAGGUGUGCCUGAAAAAAUACUCGUGACUUUUCCACAGGAGAACGAUAUCUCACUGUUAGAAAAACCCAUUUGUAAAGAAAAUGAUGAAGACAAACACAAAUUUAAAAAAACGAAGGAAAUGCAUUAUACAGACUUUGGAAGCUAGAGCCGACACGUUUUAGAUAAUGUUUUAUUACUAAAACACCUUGGGUCAUUUCUUUUUAUCAGUGUUACUAAUUUUAUCACUCAUAUUUUAACCUUUAAAAGCUGUACAGUUGGGAGAUAUUUCUAUACCUUUUUAUUGCCAAUGAACAAAAAAAGUCAGUAUUUUAUUAAGUUGGAAGGAAAAUAAGAAAAAUCCUGUGCACUACAAGUGGCUUGGUUUACCUAUGGAUUGAGCAGUUGAGUUGUGUUGUCUACCCUUCAGUAUUACCGCACUAGAUGUUACACGCCAUCACGCUAGCAGAUGUUAGCAUACCAUGUCUUUUUGAUGUUCUUUUGAUUGGAUUGUGAGCCUUAAGAAGAAGAACAAUGGAGAGCAGAUGGGUCUCUUCAGUCAUUUACUUGCUUUUAGACACAUCCAGGUGUCCAGGUUUCUUUACAAAUCAGUGUUUUAUAGGAACAGUUUGAUGUUCUGGGAAAUAUGCUCAUGUCUUUUCUUGGUGAGAGUGAGAUGAGAAGUUCGAUACCACUCUCAUGCGUGUCUGCCAGACAUGCAGCCAGCAGCUGCUCAGCUUAGCUUAGCAUAGCAUGAAGAACAGGGGGAAACAGCUGCUGAAUCCAAAGCUGCUAAAGCUAACAGUUAUUUCUUGCUUACCUACAGCUCCACACUGCAGAGCAGAAGGUGGUGGUAAUGCAUGCCAGACUAUUUCUGACUUCCACACAGUGCCAGGCUAGCCGUUUCCUCCAGCACUAUUUAUGCUAAACUCAGCUAACCGCCUCCUGGCUGCAGCUUCAUAAUCACCAGACAGAUGUGAGAGUGGUAUGAAUCUUCUCAUCUAACUCUCAGCAAGAAAGCAAGUGAGUGUAUUUUCCCAAAAUGUCAAACUAUUGCUUUAAUGUUCAGAGCGAGCAGAAAGGGGAUGUAGAAAACUGUCUGACCCUCCCGAUACCCACCCCCCACUCCGAGCCAUAUGCAAAAAAAAAUCCACCUAAAACAAGACAAACAUGCAUAUCGAAAGUGCCAUUGAAUAUUGCUGUUGAAGCUUAGCAGCUACGAUCAGGUAUUGCCGGGUCCCAGAUAAACCAAUAAGCCGGAAUACUGUUGACUCCUGCUCGCCACCACACCUGAGAGCUAAGAGUUAGCCUACCACAUAAUCAUGUAUCAUAGGUUUUAGAUAAACUGCUUUUAUUUCAAAUCUGAGCGGCUAAAAGAAUUACAAUGCACAUGUUUUCUAAUGGAUGAUGAUGAAGUAUGAUUUCUAAUUGUUAACUGUGUCCUGCCUUUUCAAAGCUUAUUCAGUGCACUUGUUUAACACACCAUGAAACGCUCAGAUGUCUCUUCAGGUAACAAAAUGUAGGCAAAUAUGAAUCCCAGGAGUUUAAUUCAAUGAUGUUUUUACCUGUCAGUAUUAUUUUUUGUCUCUUAUGUUGUUGUAUGUUCUGUUUCAGUGUGUGUACUGUAUGUUUUCAGUAAUGGCAGUAUUAUCCCCACCCCCAAGGAGAUGGGUAUGUCUGUUUAGUCAUAGAGAACUUUUAUAUUUAUGUGUCUUAUUUUUUAUAUUUCUUUAUGGUUAUUUAUUACACUAUGUAGUGUACAAUACUGUAGUUUGUAUUAAUACGAUAAUAUAUUUUAGUAUGGAAAAAAAGAUUCAAAGGCAAAUAACUAAAAGCCUGGAAAAAUGAGACUCCAGCAUACUGAAGUAUGUUUUUCGAACAAACAAAAUGAUGUUUUUCCUUGGGAAAAAAAGAAACUCGCACCCUGCAAGCCUGAAAAUUGGAACCUGUGACCUCUCUGCAUCCAUUCUCAUGUUAGUUUAGUUUUCUUUCCCCUCUCUAAUAUGAAGCUACUGAACUUUUGAAAACUAAUAGUAUGUCUAAUAGCAUGAGUGUGUGCUGUUUUGUUGAAGGAUUAUCCUUAACCACACAACCUGUCCUUUUUGCCAAGCCAAAAUAAUAUUGACGUAUGUUCUUGUUUUUAUUUGUGCCAAUUUGUUACUUUAUAUGUCAGUGUCAAGACCACGCCUACUUUUAUAUGCCCCUCCCCUUUAACACCCUCAUCUUUUUUAUAGUGGUUGUUUUUUGUUUGUUCUCUUUUUUUUUGUUCAUUUUUUUAUGA